GGCCGCGAGCCCGCCCAGCCCCGCCGCAGGCCGAGCGGGCUGCCGCGCUCCCCUCCGCGGCCGCGCAGGCAGGACGCGCGCUCCGGCGGCAGGGCAGGCAUGGCCGGGCCCGUGGACCUCUACCUGGCCGUGCCGCUGCUCUUCACCGUCCUGGCCCUCGUCCUCGCCUCGGUCUUUGUGAAGCUGCGCGGCGGCGGCGCCGGGGAGCGGGCGGCGGCGGCGGCCGAGCAGCCCCCGGCGGCGGCGGCGGCGGCGGCCGAGCAGCCCCCGGCGGCGGCGGCCGAGCCGGUCCCGCAGGGCGGCGAGGAGGCGGCGGCGGCGGCGGCCCCGGAGGACGAAGGCGGCCGGGUGCCGGUGGAGGAGGUCGGCGCGGGCGACGAGGGGAAGGCGGCGGAGCAGCAGCCGCAGCCGCAGCAGCAGCAGCAGCAGCCGCCGCCGCCGCCGGGCCCCGCCGCGGCGGAGCAGCCGGGCCCCCCCGCGGCCGCCGGGAGCCCCCCGCCGCGGCCGCCCGCCGAGCCCCGCGAGCCCGAGCCCCAGGAGGACGCGGCCGCCGAGGAGGAAGAUCCAGACUCAGAAAACGAGAAGCUGUUGGUGAAAGAGCCGGAGGAUGAGGAUGCUGCAGAUGAGACAUUCUCCUUUAAGUACAGUCCUGGAAAGCUGAGGGGAAAUCAGUACAAGUCAAUGAUGACCAAAGAAGAACUUGAAGAAGAACAAAGGAUUGAGCUGACCUCUGAUUUCACAUCUCUGUAGCAAGUACCUUAGUUCCUCGGCCACAAACAUUCUUGCAAAUCUUUUUGAACUGAAGACUAUAUGAAGUUGUCCCUAGCCUCCUCCUAAAGGCAUCCCUUGGCAUCUUUAAAGGCUUGAGAGAAAUACCAAAACCAACCAAAACACACCCAUAAGAGAAAUACAUAAACCCUCAAAACUUGGGACCCCCCUCUCGGUCUGAAGUUGAGUUCUUCAAAACUCCUGUGGUAUCAAGUUUGAGGAGAUCCUGUUGUGUACCUCCAUGGACUGGGGCUGGGCCCACGCAGUGACUUGAGUUGUGUUUGGGGGGGGGGGGGGGGGCUGGGAUGUCCUAGGAGACAAACCUUCCUCCCCCUCCCUCAAGCAGAACCUAAGUUGGACGCUAAUUAUGCAGCAAGUCUAUUAGUUGUAUUCAUCACCAUGUAUAGCCCAGCUGUGAAAUUUGUGUUUCUUUAGCAGGGUGGGUGAAUCAUAGCUGUUCUCCCACACCUGCCUGGACCUUUUACCAGACUGUCAACCCAUUUCUUCCCAGGGCCAAACUCCUCUUUGUUGUUGGGGGUGGGUGAGAACUGCCUACGAUUUCAAACAUUGUAUAGCACUGUUUUAUGCUGAGGGGUGGAAGGACAAAGUGGGAUCAAAGUGAGGGGUGGCAGAUCAUAGCUGGAAUGACUCUAAUCUUGUUUCUGUAGUUAUUUUAGCAGAGAGCUGAUCCUUUAGAUAGAGGGAAGACUCAAGAAGUGAUGAGUAUUGAUAGUUUAGCUGUUCUGCUUGUGGUGGAGGUUUAGGAGACCGCACUUUGGCCACUGUUCAUAUCUGGAUUCACACUUUUCCCUACUCCAGUUCCCAAUGGGAGAGACUUGAGGAGGUAGCAACAGUAUCAUGGGUUCCCUCUGGCUCAGGAUGAGAUUGUGGGAGUCCUGGAAGAGAUACCCUACCCCUUCCUCUGCUGCUUGCUGUUCCAUUGCCCUCUUCUUUUACUAGUCCUGUGAUUUGUCCACUGGAGCCAGAGCUCUGCAUCUCUCCUCAGGUCUGUCAUAUAUAGAAGAUAAAUUUGGCUGGACGUAUAUAUCUGCUUCAGGGAAAGCAGGUUUCAGAUCAGACCAGCUGGUCUGCAAGAUGUAUCCACACGGCAAGAAGGCUCAAGUCCUCUAGCAAUGUUUUAGAAACACUAGGCUGGGCGGGGAUGUGUCCUUCAGAGCUUCUUUCUCUCACUGCAGGACAACUGCCUCUUGGCUAAAGCUUCAAACAUAUCAGAAACCCAGGAGGCUGCCUUUUUUUUUUUUUUUUUUUUUUUCCUUUUUAAUUCCUGUACAGACAAUACUUGAAACCUUGUACUUGGUUGUCCUUUUCAGCGCCCGAGGUUGGCAAACUCUUAAUAAAAGGGCUCAUUUAAAGAACAGCAGGAGGCUUCAGCUUUAGCAGAGGCUGGGUUGCCCCUCCCCAGCCAACAACCACUAGUGUAUUUAGUGGUUUGCAUAUGAAUUUGGACAGAUCAGGACCCUCUCCUUGAACUUCCCCACUGGUACAGCCGCUCAGUCUCCCCUUGGUGCUGGCUGGCUGAUUCUGUGUCCCAAGCACCUAACUAUGCAAAGAAUGCCUUAUAUACAUUGUGUUUAAGUAAGUUACAUGGCAAUAUGUACAUCGAGCAAAGUCUAUAGCUGAGUCCAGAUUUUUUGCUAGUGGCAGCAAGUCAAACUAUUUCUUCAACUGAAAUGGCUGUCUGGGUAUUUUUUACUUUUGUUUGUUUUGUUUGUUUGUUUUGUAUCUGAUGGUGGCUCUUAUACAAAGGACUGUAAUUCUAGUGGCUUGAAUCUGUAAAAAUUGCCUUUGUUUGGUCCAAUAAACCUUUGAAUAGUUUA